AAAGUUCUUAAUAGGUAAUUAAAAACUGCCAAAAAUUGUUAUGCAUGGUGAUAAACAAAGCGAUCGGUCAAGAAAAGGCGAAUAAUCUAAUAACCAACCAAGCUAUUAAGGAAACGCUUAUCAACAAACGCAAAGAACUGUGAACUCGGUCAAAUUAGCAACAGCCUGUAAUCUUAAUAGUUCAUAGCUGAUAACUGAUAGCUGAAAAUGCCGCUGGCUAAUUGGCCAAUCAAAAACUGCCAACUGCAAGUCCAACAAGUUUCAGCAAUUAAAAAAACCUAAGAAAACUUGUCGCAAAGGAGACGAGGACACGGGCCAAGACAAACGGAACUAAUGCCAGCCUGAAAGGAAUCUCAGAAAUUAAGAAGAAAACGCUUCAUGCAAUUGCUCUCGACCCGAGUGCAACUUCCGGUGCAUAAAUGAAAAUAAAUACGAGCAAAGCCGAGUCAACACACAGCUCAGGAAGAAGGCACUGUCAUCAGCAGCAGCAGCAGCAGCAGGACCUCCAGAAUGGGAAUUUUAAUGGCGAUGGGAUUUGGACAGGCAACGGCAACGGCAAUGGCAAUGCGAAUGAAAAUGGGAAUGGGAAUGGGAAUGGGUAUGGGCAUGGCAACGGGAGCCAGAGGCCAGUUGGAGUGACAAAAGUUAGACAAACGGAUGUGUAGAUUAGACCGGCAACAACAGCAGAAGACUUGGACUAAACAAUAGUUGCAGUCAGCGAGCAAACAGCAAACAGCAAACAGCAAACAAAACCGAACAAUAUGUGCACAAUGCCAGCAACAACAGAUGCAUCCGGCUCCGCCGAUGCAUCAACUGACCUCAUCGCAGCAAGGAGCCUCUCCUGCCACCAAGGACACCGCUCCAACUUGCGCAUAUUUAAACUUUUGAUUAGCUGCUGCCUCUUAAUGCUGUGCAUUUACCCAAAUGCCUGGCCCUGGUCCAUCGGCCCCGGAUCAGGACCUUUCUCCGUCUCAGCCGACAGCAUCAAGGGUCGCGGCGAUGCUCACCGCCUGGGUGAGAUGGGCUCCCAGUCCCACACCUCCUUGUCCUCAUCCCUGCCGUCCUCCUGGCUCACCCAGAGCAAUAACCAUGCAAAUAUAUCCGAGUUACUGGACAAUCUGCUGCGCGGCUAUGACAAUAGCAUACGUCCGGAUUUCGGUGGACCUCCGGCGACUAUAGAAGUGGAUAUAAUGGUUCGCAGCAUGGGACCAAUAUCAGAGGUUGACAUGACCUACUCGAUGGACUGUUAUUUCCGCCAAUCCUGGGUGGAUAAACGUCUCGCAUUCGAGGGCGCCCAGGACACGCUGGCACUGAGCGUCUCGAUGUUGGCCCGGAUUUGGAAGCCGGAUACGUACUUUUACAAUGGCAAGCAGAGCUAUUUGCACACGAUUACCACGCCAAAUAAGUUUGUGAGGAUCUAUCAGAAUGGACGCGUGCUGUACUCCAGCCGUCUGACAAUAAAAGCCGGCUGCCCGAUGAAUCUGGCCGAUUUUCCAAUGGAUAUACAAAAGUGUCCUCUGAAAUUCGGUUCAUUUGGCUACACAACGUCCGAUGUCAUCUACCGUUGGAACAAGGAAAGGCCACCAGUCGCCAUUGCCGAGGACAUGAAGCUGUCCCAAUUCGAUUUGGUCGACUGUCCGGCUGGAAAUUUAACGGACAUUGUUUACAAGGCGGCUGCUCCAAGACCGCACCGUCGCCCAUUCAACAACAAGGAUCCACCGCGACCCACCAGCAAAAUAAUGACCACUUUUGCCGGUCCGGCGGCCAAGAAUCAGCAUGUGCGCGGCACGGGACUCAAACUGGACAAAGGUGCAUUCGGUACCGGAAGGGAUGCAACUGGAGGCUCGGGGUCGUCCACCGGUCUAAGCGGCACUAUUACGCUGGAAACCAAUCAUCCGUCGGAGUACUCGAUGUUGAUGGUGAACUUCCACCUGCAGCGGCAUAUGGGCAACUUCCUGAUCCAGGUCUAUGGUCCUUGCUGCCUGUUGGUGGUCCUCAGCUGGGUGUCCUUCUGGCUGAACCGCGAGGCCACUGCUGAUCGGGUUUCCCUCGGCAUCACUACCGUGCUGACGAUGACCUUCCUCGGACUGGAGGCUCGCACAGAUCUGCCGAAGGUGUCCUAUCCCACGGCCCUGGACUUUUUCGUGUUCCUCUCGUUCGGCUUUAUCUUCGCCACCAUACUGCAGUUUGCCGUGGUGCACUACUACACCAAGUACGGAUCGGGGGAGUGCUAUUUCAUAAUCGAGGAGCUGGACUCGGAUUCCGGGGAAUCAGAGACGGAGCCACUGACUUCAGAGUUUCGGGGCAGCACAGAGUCCAAGAUCUACGAGGUCAUACCACUGUCCAUGUGCGCGAUUAGCAUGCCGCCGCCUCCCAAUCGGCUGGGUAUGCUAACCUCCAGGAAUCGGAGGGCCAGGAACCGGCGACAUGGUCUGUGGAGCAUGAAGCUGCUGGGUCUCUUCGACUGGCGGCGGAGAAGAAAGCAGCCCCGUGCCGACUCCGACGAGGAUGAGGAUGACGAGCAGACGCAGCUGAGGGCCAACGAGGCACCGACCACGUCUGCGGCAGCUGCGGCGGCACAAGCUGCUGCACAGGCUGCUCGGAUUAGUCCGCCAGCUGGAGGUCGCCGCAGAAUGUCCUACUACCGACGCGAGGAGAUGGAGGCCCGAAGGAAGGGCAAACGAACGCCACAGUACAACUCUGUGUCGAAGAUCGAUCGCGCCUCGCGGAUCGUCUUCCCACUGCUAUUCAUCCUUAUCAACGUGUUCUACUGGUACGGUUAUUUGUCGAGGAGCUCAAGGAUUUUGGCCAACACGCCGGAUGCGAGCACCUGAUGUUACCUUUUAGCAAUUUAGACAGGGUCCUCGAAGAAAUCAUUAAGCGAUCGCCGGCAGCAAACUUAAAACCAAAGCUGAUGGAAAACGAUGCAUAUGCAUCGUAUGCAGAGUAGCAUAAUUUAAACGCUGCAGAUGCAUCGUUUAAAAUCAGGAGAAGACAACGCGUGGGGGAAAAUCAGUUGGGGGAGCGGGAAAAGCAGGGGAUGGGUUUAACUUUUCAGAUUCAGUUGCGCUCUUAUUCUGAUUUGCUACCAAAUGUGACAACGCUUUAUGGGAUUUCUUUUCGCGCUAAAUUGCUAAAGUACAGAAAACAGAACUCAACUCUAACAUAUCAGAGGACUUGCUAAAACGAACACCCUUGAAAAUGUCGGGCUUGAACGGUCAAAAUAUCGUAAAAUAUUAGCGAAAACAGGUGUUGAAUUAUUUCAAUAUCACACGGAAGCAAACCGCCAAAAAUAUAACUUCUGUGAUACUUGCUUUCUUGGUUUUGACAAUUAGCAGCUCUCAUCGAUGGGUGUUCUGUAAAUUUGUUGUACAGGUAACCAAUAAGUUAAAUAGUUUCGAUUAUGUGUGUGUCUUAAAUAGUUCACGUUGGUUGAGGAUUGAUUUAAAAGUCACAGCACAAGGAAUUUGCACUUAGUUGAGGAAUUUCUUUAGUUCAUUGCAAAUUGCAUGUUUUACAUGGGAUCACCAGGAGAUAGGGAAAGAAUUAUAAAUGGCCGUCUCUGCUUUUCUGUCCGGGCAAGUAAUAGGGAAUAAGCUAGUAUUUUAAUAAGUCACUCAGCCUAUAUUGUUAAUGCAGAGAAAAGUCUGUGGGCCUGAAAUUUAUUUGGGAGUGGACAUAUGAAUUAAUAUUCGCAAAUGAUUAGUGAUUUAUUUGUCAAAAAUACAUUGUUGUUUUUCUAAAUUUAUUUGCAAUACAUUCUAUUUUUCAUUCUGCGAAAUACAUAGUUUAAAAUGGGUUUGUUCAUGGAUAACUUUCAGGGCCUGCAAUUUUUCACCCACUCUUAUAUAUGUAAAGAAAGUAUCCAUCUGAGAAUGUUACUUGCCGGCAGAUACAAUAUGUACAACUAUGUGUAAACACACCAACUAAAGCCAAAUAAAAGUCGAAUUAAGAUGUU